CGGCGGGCUCGGACGCGGCCCCUCCCCGGCGCCCACGUGACCGAGAGCAGGCCUACCGCCGGCCCGCCUCUCCCGGCCACCGCUGCCCACUUCCCGCUCCGGGGUGCGUACGCGACGAAACGGGGUGUGAAGAUGGCGGACGAAGAGGCCGAGCAGGAGAGGUUGAGUGGCGGCAGCGGCGGCGGCGGCUGCGUCGCGGAGCUGCAGCGCCUGGGCGAGCGGCUCCAGGAGCUGGAGCGACAGCUGCGGGAGAGCCGGGUGCCGGCCGUGGAAGCGGCCACCGAGUACUGUCAGCAGUUGUGCCAGACACUCCUUGAAUAUGCAGAGAAAUGGAAAACUUCAGAAGACCCUUUACCUUUGUUGGAGGUAUACACAGUGGCUAUCCAAAGUUAUGUUAAAGCUCGACCUUAUCUUACCUCUGAAUGUGAAAAUGUAGCAUUGGUUCUGGAACGCUUGGCAUUAAGCUGUGUUGAACUCUUACUCUGUCUACCGGUUGAGUUAUCAGAUAAACAGUGGGAACAAUUUCAGACACUGGUGCAGGUAGCUCAUGAAAAGCUGAUGGAGAAUGGCAGCUGUGAAUUGCAUUUUUUAGCUACUCUAGCUCAAGAAACUGGGGUGUGGAAAAACCCGGUACUGUGCACUAUUCUUUCCCAGGAACCAUUGGAUAAGGAUAAAGCGAAUGAAUUUUUAGCUUUUGAGGGUCCCAUCUUGCUGGAUAUGAGAAUUAAACAUCUAAUCAAAACAAAUCAGUUAAGUCAAGCAACUGCUCUAGCAAAGCUGUGUUCUGACCAUCCAGAAAUUGGUACAAAAGGUAGUUUUAAGCAAACUUACCUUGUCUGUCUUUGUACAUCAUCACCAAAUGAAAAAUUAAUUGAAGAGAUUUCAGAGGUUGAUUGCAAAGAUGCACUAGAAAUGAUCUGUAACUUAGAAUCUGAAGGCGAUGAAAAAAGUGCUCUUGUAUUAUGCACUGCAUUUUUAUCCCGUCAGCUCCAACAAGGAGAUAUGUAUUGUGCAUGGGAACUCACUCUGUUUUGGAGUAAAUUACAGCAAAGGGUAGAACCAUCUAUACAAGUGUACCUAGAGAGGUGUCGUCAACUUUCUUUGUUAACGAAGACGGUAUAUCACAUUUUCUUUCUGAUUAAGGUUAUUAAUUCAGAGACUGAGGGGGCUGGACUCGCUACCUGUAUAGAACUUUGUGUAAAAGCUCUACGCUUGGAACCUUCAGAAAAUACUGAAGUAAAAAUAUCUAUCUGCAAGACCAUUUCAUGUUUGUUGCCUGAUGAUCUGGAAGUUAAACGUGCUUGCCAACUGAGUGAAUUUCUUAUUGAGCCUACCGUAGAUGCAUACUAUGCUGUGGAAAUGUUGUAUAAUCAGCCAGACCAGAAAUAUGAUGAAGAAAACCUUCCAAUACCAAAUUCUCUGCGCUGUGAGCUCUUACUUGUAUUGAAAACUCAAUGGCCCUUCGAUCCAGAAUUCUGGGAUUGGAAAACCUUAAAACGACAGUGUCUUGCAUUAAUGGGUGAAGAAGCAUCCAUUGUAUCUUCAAUUGAUGAGUUAAAUGACAGUGAAGUUUAUGAAAAAGUAGUUGACUACCAGGAUGAAGUUAAAGAAACUUCUGUUAAUGGACUUUCAGGUGGAGUUGGUGCUAAUUCUGAGCUUCUUAAAGACAUUGGUGAUGAAAAGCAGAAGAAAAGAGAAAUAAAACAGUUGAGAGAGAGAGGAUUUAUAUCUGCUAGGUUUAGGAAUUGGCAAGCCUAUAUGCAAUACUGUGUGCUGUGUGACAAAGAAUUUCUAGGUCAUAGGAUAGUACGACAUGCUCAGAAACAUUACAAAGAUGGAAUUUACAGUUGCCCCAUAUGUGCAAAAAACUUUAAUUCUAAAGAAACUUUUGUCCCUCAUGUCACUUUGCAUGUUAAACAAUCUAGCAAAGAGAGACUUGCAGCAAUGAAACCAUUAAGAAGAUUGGGAAGGCCUCCUAAGAUCACAACUACCAGUGAGAAUCAGAAGACCAAUACUGUGACUAAGCAGGAACAGCGACCCAUAAAGAAGAAUAGCCUCUAUUCAACAGAUUUCAUAGUAUUUAACGACAAUGAUGGUUCAGAUGAUGAGAAUGACGACAAAGAUAAGUCUUAUGAGCCAGAAGUGGUCCCAGUCCAGAAACCAGUACCUGUUAAUGAAUUUAAUUGCCCUGUAAGUUUUUGUAAAAAAGGUUUUAAGUACUUUAAAAAUUUGAUUGCGCAUGUAAAGGGUCAUAAAGAUAAUGAAGAUGCCAAACGCUUUCUUGAAAUGCAAAGCAAAAAAGUAAUUUGCCAGUACUGUAGAAGGCACUUCGUCAGUGUUACUCAUCUCAAUGAUCACUUACAGAUGCACUGUGGCAGUAAACCAUAUAUCUGUAUACAGAUGAAAUGUAAGGCCGGCUUUAAUAGUUACGCAGAGCUUUUAACCCACCGAAAGGAACAUCAGGUUUUUAGAGCAAAGUGUAUGUUUCCUAAAUGUGGCAGGAUUUUUUCAGAAGCUUACUUACUGUAUGAUCAUGAAGCACAGCAUUAUAAUACCUUUACGUGUAAGUUCACGGGUUGUGGUAAAGUUUACCGUUCUCAGAGUGAGCUGGAGAAGCACCUAGAAGAUCACAGUACCCCUCCCGAAAAAGUGCCACCUACUGACGAUCAACUUCAUGUAUCUGGAGAGUCUGUUCAGCCUUCCAAAACAAAUCAGAAUAUGGAAGAAAAUACUGAAAAAGAGAGAUCUAUAGUUCCUUCAGAAAAUAACACUGAAAAUAGCUUACCAAUCGACAGAAAUGGUGCCUUGGAAAAAAGUAAAGAAGAAUCAGCUGUGACCAAACAAGACCAGAUUUCUGCCUCUGAUCUUACACAAGCUAAUGGACCAGUGUUAAAUGACUUAGAAAACAUUUCUGCUACAUCCCUGCUUCAGGCCAGUGAAGUAGCUGUGUCAAUUAAGGUGUCUCUAAACCAGGGGAUUGAGGAUAACUUUGGAAAGCAAGAAAACUCAACCGUGGAAGGCACAAGUGGACCAUUGGCCACAAACCUACAUACUUCAGUUGAAGAGACUUGUAAUGAUUUAUGUCAGCCAGGUUUUCAAGAAAGAAAAGAGCAAAGUUGCUUUAAUGAAGCCCAGAUUGCUCCGAAUUCUUUAGUAAGUUCAGAAACUCUCAAACUAGCAGACCUUACCCCACAAAACUUUGAAAGACAAGUGAACGACUUGAUGACCUUUUCCGUACAGAAUCAGGCAGGAUUUCAAAACACCUUACCAGCCUCCAAAUUUGAAUGUGAGGAAAAUAUCAAAGCAUCAUCCAAUCUUUAUAAUUUACCUCUUAAGACACUGGAAAGUAUUUCAUUUGUUCCACCACAGCCCACCCUAAGUAGCUCAUCAGUGCCUCCAAAAGCUCCAGUUCAGAAAUUCAGCUGCCAAGUCGAGGGAUGUACUCGUACCUAUAAUUCUUCUCAGAGUAUUGGGAAACACAUGAAGACGGCACACCCUGACCAAUAUGCUGCUUUUAAAAUGCAGCGCAAAAGUAAAAAAGCUCAGAAAUGUAAUAACUUAAAUACACCAAAUAAUGGAAAGUUGGUUUAUUUUUUACCAUCCCAGGUGAACAGUUCUAAUAAUGCUUUUUUUACACCACAGACCAAAGCCAGUGGGAAUCCUGCUUGUUCAGCCCCACUGCAGCAUGUCUCACCAUCCAUUUUUCCAGCUCAUUUGUCAAGUGUGUCAACGCCAUUAUUGCCCUCAAUGGAGAGUGUCAUAAAUCCAAAUAUAUCUGCUCAGGAUAAAAAUGAACCAAGUGGUAUAUUAUGUGCCCAAGUGGAAAAUUUAUCUAAUGCUACCUUGCCAACACAAAUGGAAGAUCUAACCAAAACAGUUUUGCCUUUAAAUAUCGACAGUGGCUCGGAUCCCUUCCUUCCUCUACCUGCAGAAAGUAGUUCGAUGUCUCUGUUCCCUUCUCCAGCAGAUAGUGGGACUAAUUCUGUGUUUUCCCAAUUGGAAAAUAAUACAAAUCAUUUUUCCUCACAAAUUGAAGGAAGCACUAAUUCUUUUUUAAAGGCGGUUAGCGGUGAAAAUGCAGUCUUUCCUUCACAAAUAAAUGUUGCAAAUGACUUCAGUAACAGCAGUGCUCAGCAGUCUAUGUCUGAAAAAGUUAAAAAAGACCGAGGGCGGGGUCCAAAUGGAAAGGAAAGAAAACCUAAGCACAAUAAAAGGGCUAAAUGGCCUGCAAUUAUCAGAGAUGGAAAAUUUAUUUGUAGCAGGUGUUACAGGGCUUUUACCAAUCCCAGAUCACUGGGUGGACAUUUAUCUAAGCGUUCUUACUGUAAACCACUGGAUGGGGCAGAAAUUGCUCAAGAACUUCUACAGAGUAAUGGACAGCCUUCUCUUCUUGCCAGUAUGAUUCUCUCUGCAAAUGCAGUGAAUUUGCAGCAACCACAACAGUCUACCUUCAGUCCAGAUGCAUGUCUUAAAGAUCCAUCAUUCCUGCAACUUCUUGCUGCUGAAAAUCGCUCAGCAUUUUUAUCCAAUACGUUUCCUCGAUCUGGAGUAACUAACUAUAAUAACAGUGUUAGUCAAGAAGGAAGUGAAAUUAUAAAGCAGGCCUUGGAAACUGCUGGAAUUCCCAGUACGUUUGAAGGUUCUGAAAUGCUUUCUCAAGUGGUUCCAUCAGCUUGUGUUUCUGAUGCAACACAAGUUAAUGCAACAAUUAUGCCAAAUUCAACUGUACCACCACCCUUGUUACAGACUGCAUGCCUCCCAAACACUCUGCUGACCAAUCAGAAUAGAACACCAAGCUCAAAAACUUCCUCCAUUGAGGACUGCAGCAGUUUGCCUGUUUUUCCAACAAAUGACUUACUCUUGAAGACUGUUGAAAAUGGUUUGUGCUCUAGUUCGUUCCCUAAUUCUAAUGGGCCAGUUUCACAAAGUUUUACCAAUAGCAAUUCACGUGUUUCAGUUAUCAGCGGUCCUCAGAAUACGAGAGCCAAUCAAUUAAAUAAAAAGGGGAACAGUGCUUCUAAGAGAAGAAAGAAAGUUACUCCUCCAAUAAUUGCACCUAAUGCUUCCCAGAAUUUGAUAACAAGUGACUUAAUAACAAUGGGACUUACAACAAAGAGCAUUGAGAUCCCAACAACCAAUCUUCAUUCAAAUGUACUUCCAAAUUGCGAACCUCAGCGAUUGGUGGAAAAUCUAACGCAGAAACUAAAUGUUGACAAUCAGUUAUUUAUGACUGAUGGAAAAGAGAAUUUCAAAACCAACUUGGAGUCCCAUACAACUCUAGCACCUUUAACUUUAAAAACUGAAAAUGGUGAUUCCCAAAUGAUGACUAUGAAUUCAUGUACCACUUCAGCAAAUUCUGAUUUGCAGAUUUCUGAAGACCAUGUUAUGCAGAACUUUGAAAAGACUCUUGAAAUUAUUAAAACUGCUAUGAAUUCUCAAAUACUUGAGGUGAAAAAUGGAUCUCAGGUGGCUGGUGAGAUUUCACAGAAUACUCCAAUGAAUUAUAAUACUCAGCUUCCUUCAGUGAACACUGUACAGAAUAACAAAUUAGCUGAUUCUCCUCAGUUCUCUUCCUUUGUAAGUGUUGUGCCAACAAAAAAUAACAUUGCACAGGCUGAAGUAUUAAAUAAGGAAGAUCAAAUACAGGAAAUUUUAGAAGGCUUACAAAGAUUAAAAUUAGAAAAUGACCUGUCAUCUCCAGAAUCCCAGUGUAUCCUGAUAAAUACAUCCGUGACACUGACUCCCACUCCUGCUAAACCACUUCCAAAUGUCACAGCUGUUCAGCCAGUUUCUGAAGUGAUACACAUUCAGGUUAGUGAUAAAGUUAACAAACCAUUUGUGUGUCAAAACCAAGGCUGUAGUUACAGUGCCAUGACAAAGGAUGCACUGUUUAAGCACUAUGGUAAAAUCCAUCAGUAUACUCCAGAGAUGAUUCUUGAAAUUAAGAAGAAUCAGUUGAAAUUUGCCCCAUUUAAAUGUGUAGUACCUACAUGUACAAAAACAUUUACAAGAAAUUCUAAUCUUCGGGCACACUGUCAGUUGGUACAUCAUUUUACUACAGAAGAAAUGGUAAAAUUAAAAAUCAAAAGGCCUUAUGGGAGAAAAUCUCAGAGUGAAAAUAUGUCUACUCCACAAAUUAUGCAAGUGAAAAAACAACCAGCUGUAACAGAAGAAAAUAAAAAGGAAUUCCAUCCUCCUUUACAAUUGGGAGUAGAGACUGAAAGCACUGUUAGUAGCAUAGUAAGAAUCCCAGAAAAACAAGCGACUGAAAAAAAAAGUCCUGAAAAAACCGAAGGUUCUUCACACGUGAUGACAGUUAGUUCAGACCAACAUAGUACAAACUGUGCUCCAAACAUACAAACUAAAGGUCGGAAAGUAAGGAAGCAUAAGAAAGAAAAAGAGGAGAAAAAAGGAAAGAGGCCAGUAUCCCAGACUGUGGAACUUCCAACAAGCUACAGUCCAUACAGACCUUAUCGGUGUGUUCACCAGGGAUGCUUUGCUGCCUUUACAAUACAGCAAAACUUGAUUCUUCAUUACCAGGCUGUACACAAAUCAGAUCUUCCUGCAUUUUCUGCAGAAGUUGAAGAGGAAAGUGAAGCUGGUAAAGAAAGUGAAGAAACAGAAAGUAAACACACCAUGAAAGAAUUUAGAUGUCAAGUGAGUGACUGUUCUCGAAUUUUCCAAGCAAUUACUGGGUUAAUACAGCACUAUAUGAAACUUCAUGAAAUGACUCCUGAGGAAAUUGAAAGUAUGACUGCUUCUGUGGAUGUUGGGAAAUUUUCAUGUGACCAAUCAGAAUGUAAGUCUUCAUUUACUACAUACUUGAACUAUGUUGUUCAUCUUGAGGCAGACCAUGGAAUUGGGAUAAAGACUGGCAAAACAGAAGAAGAUGGUGUAUACAAAUGUGACUGUGAAGGCUGUGACCGUAUAUAUGCAACUCGAUCUAAUCUCCUUCGACACAUUUUUAAUAAGCAUAAUGACAAACAUAAAGCUCAUUUAAUUAGGCCAAGAAGAUCAACACCUGGCCAGGAAAAUGUAUCAAACAAGUCAAAUCAAGAAAAAUCAAAGUCUAAAUACCGGGGAACUAAGCAUAGCAGGUCUGGAAAGGAUGGAAUCAGAGUGCCUAAGACCAAACGGAAGAAAAAGAGUAACUUAGAAAACAAGAAUGCAAAAAUCAUACAGAUUGAAGAAAAUAAGCCUUACUCUCUGAAACGUGGCAAACAUGUGUAUUCUAUAAAGGCUAGAAAUGAUGCCUUGUCUGAGUGUACAAGCAGAUUUGUAACCCAGUAUCCAUGUAUGAUAAAAGGAUGUACUUCAGUUGUUACAAGUGAAAGCAAUAUAAUUAGACAUUAUAAGUGCCAUAAAUUGUCUAAGGCAUUUACGGCACAACAUCGUAAUCUUCUUAUUGUCUUCAAACGGUGCAACAACUCAGAAGGAAAGGAAAAUUCUGAACAGGAAUGUAAGAAGAGUGAUGUUAAAGAUUCUGACACAUGCUUAUCAGAAGUCAAUGAGAACUCAGAAACAACUGCAAUCCCACAGAGAGAAACUGAAAAAAGUGAAAAAGAUGAAAUGGAUGAGUUAACAGAAUUAUUUAUUACAAAAUUAAUAAAUGAAGAUAAUGCCACUGUGGAGACUCAAGCUAAUACCACUUCAAAUAUAAGCAGUGAUUUUCAGGAAAGUAAUCCCAGCCAGUCAGAAAGACAAAAAACUAGUAAUUUAAAGAGAGUUAAUAAAGAAAAAAAUGUCUCACAGAAUAAGAAAAGGAAGGUUGAGAAAGCUGAACCCGUGUUAGCAGUGGCAUUAAGUAACUUACGUAAAGAAGAAGAAACUGCUGUUGCAAUUCAAACCACUGAGGAGCACCCGGCAUCUUUUGACUGGAGCUCAUUUAAACCAAUGGGAUUUGAAGUAUCAUUUCUAAAAUUUCUUGAAGAGUCUGCAGUGAAGCAGAAGAAAAAUACUGAAAAAGACCAUGCAAAUAGUGGAACUAAGAGAGGAUCCCAUUCAAAUUCAAGAAAAAGUACUGACAAGACUGCUGUGACUAGUGGGAAUCAUGUGUGUUCUUGUAAAGAAAGUGAAACCUUUGUGAGGUUUGCCAAUCCAUCACAGCUUCAGUGCAGUAGUAACGUCAAAAUUGUUCUAGACAAGACUCUUAAAGAUUACACUGAGCUUGUCUUAAAGCAACUUCAGGAAAUGAAACCUACCGUCAGUCUGAAAAAACUUGAAGUACAUUCAAAUGAUCCAGAUAAGCCUGUUAAGAAAGAAACCAUUAUAGGGAAAACCACAGGCAGAGGGCAGUACUGAUCACUAAUGUGCUAUAAACACAUCAUUCGUAGUUUUAUUUUAAAUAGGAAGCAAUCAAGCAUGAUAGUAUUGUGAAGAUUUUUCAAUUUUUGUUGUUGAUAUGAAUUAACCUGGCCAAAAGAAAAAAAUUUAAAAAAAACAUGACACCUGUCAUGUAAAACUUUUUUUUUAUCCCUAUGGGACUUGAGGAACAGAAUUGAUAUUUCAGUUAUUGUAAAUAGUUGAGCUGAACCUCAAAUUUGUAUUACCCAAUUGCCCUUUCCAUGAACUAGCCUGAUUUUUCUGUGUGAUUGGUAUGUUUCACCAGGUCACUGCUCAUGUGUACUCAUUAUUUGUACAUACUUUUUUUGUACAUAUUUAUUAUUGUAAAUCAUUUGCUGCCACCAGCAGUAUGUAAGUCUAAACUAUUAAAUCAUACAUUUAUAUAUGGAAUUUUAAUUUUUAACUAAGUGAUCAAGUUUUUAAGACUGUUCGUUGUUUUAAAUUAAGAACUUUUUGAACUAAAACUAGAGAUUCUGCCAUAGCUCAUUGAUUUUUUUUACAUGAAACGUUUAUUUACAAGAUUAUGUUUCACAAAGUGAGCACAUUAUAUAAAUACUUUGCUCUGCUUUGUAAAUUUGCCAUCCAGGAUUUUUGGGUGGCAUUCAUGUGAAAUUAAAGCAGAUUCUUUGGUAGUUUUGUAUACUACAGGGGUUUUUGAUUUUGUUUUUUUUUUUUUUUUUCUUGUUUUUUUUCAUUGCUUCUAAUUCGAUUUAGUCACACUGAGUCCAUGAAAUAUAAUGGAAAUGU